UUAGAGCCCUUCGUGAUGAGCCGGACCCAGUGGUGGCUGACUCAACCCGAACUCACGGAGUUGCGAAGCCACCUGGACUACCUCUUGGAGAAAGGGUUCAUUCGGCCCAGCACGUCCCCGUUCGCAGCACCAAUCCUGUUCACGCCCAAAAAAGACGGCGGGCUGCGCAUGUGCAUCGACUACAGGGCGCUGAAUCAGCGAACCAUCAAGUCCCGCUACCCAAUCCCACGCGCGGACGAUCUUCUCGAUCAACUUCACGGAGCUCGCUUCUUCUCGAAAAUCGACCUACGCGGCGGUUACCAUCAGAUCCGAGUCUCCGCUAACGACUGCCACAAGACGGCGUUCCGAACCCGCGAUGGCAGCUACGAGUACACAGUGAUGCCGUUUGGCCUCACGAACGCGCCCUCCACUUUCCAACUCACCAUGAACGGCGUAUUCCGAGAUCUCCUCGACAAGUGUGUCAUCGUCUAUCUGGAUGACAUUCUGAUCUAUAGCAACUCGUAUUGAAUAUCGAAAUGCAGCCCGCUAACGUAUU